AUGAGGCAGCAGGAGCAACAGCAGCAGCAGCAGGAGGAGCAACAGCAGCAGCAACAGCAGCAGCAGCAGCAACAGCAACAGCAGCAGCAACAGCAGCAUCACGCCAGCAACAGCAACAGCAGCAGCAUCAGCAGCAGCAACAGCAACAGAAACAUCACGCCAGCAGCAGCAGCACCAGCAGCAACAGCAGCAACAGCACCAGCAGCAGCAACAGCACAAGCAGCAGCAGCAGCAACAGCAGCAACAGUACCAGCAGCAGCAACAGCACAAGCAGCAACAGCAGUAGCAGCAGCAACAGCACAAGCAGCAACAGCAGUAGCAGCAGCAGCAGCACCAGCAGCAGCAACAGCAGCACCAGCAGCAGCAACAGCAGCACCAGCAGCAGCAGCAGCAGCAGCAGCAGCAGCAGCAGCAGCAGCAGCAGCAGCAGGUUGA